GAAUACGAGCACGUCUGUGAGUCAUUAAUACUGGAAGAGGAGUACUAGACAAGACGGACAAUUCACAACGCAAUCUUCAGGUGACUGUAGUACUCAACAACCUCUGACAUCUCCAUGCUUUCAAACUUUUGAAAAGGCGGAAAGUUUGAACAUGGCUAAGUUCGUCGUUUACAAACUACCUGACCCGGCCCCUGACCAUGACACGCUCCUCGAAUUUGCCUCACGAUUGAAAGCACUUCGACUCCAGACUCUGAAAGAGGAUCCCGACAGCUGGAUAUCUCUUUAUGCGAGGGAAGCCGAUCAACCGCAAGAUUUCUGGAUGUCCAGACUCAAAGACUCGUCGGCUACUCAUCUAGUCCUCGUUUCCGUUGAUUCGAGCCAUGAUGCUUCUGAAGGAGAGACGACAGCGUUGCUACAGGGUGAAUGGGUAGGAUUCGCCGUCAUACUUACUCCAGAACGCCAUCAGAACGACACGGCAAACCAUAUGGAGUCAAACUCAUCUGAGUAUCUGAUGGCGUCGGUCAGUGUCCGUUCUGAUGUCCGCGGUCAAGGGCUGGGUAAGCUUCUGGUUCAAGCAGCUAUUCAGACGGCGAGAAAUAAUGCUUUGGAGAAGCAUAACUCUUCUUCCUGCUUGACGGCAAACGUUCGCCAUGGGAACGACCACGCCUUGCAGUUGUACCAGAAGCUUGGUUUUAGGAUUGUCGACCCUGAUUAUCAGGGCGAGAAAGAAGGAAGACCCUAUACCUCGAAUGUUCUGAGGUUCGAUCUUUAA